AUGGCCGAUCGAAAAGCCCCACACUUCGCACGCGAAGCAGAUGAAGAAUCACCUCUGUUGCCAUCGCCGGAGGAGCAGACGGCCAAUCGCUCUGAGAGCUGCGAUGUCAAGAAAUCUCACGGGAAGAGCACACAGCUUCUCGCAUUGAUCAGUCUGAUGCUCGGGGCAGGUGUUGCGCAACUUGGAGUAUCUCUGGUGCUCACCAUGCACCCCACGAUCGCGUCCGAAUUCAACUGCCUGUCUGAGUCGGACUGGCUGAUCACAACUUAUGCGCUCGCCAUGGCAGCACUGCAACCUCUGAUCGGUAAAUUGAGCGAUGUCUUUACAAGGAAGUCGGUGCUUUUAUGCUCUUACCUCUUCAUCGCGCUAGGUUGUCUACAAUGCGCUACGGCCAAUACCUUCAGUCAAGUGCUCAUAGGACGAACUAUUUCGGGUAUGGGAGGUGCUGGCGUGUCAACCCUGGUCGCGGUCAUCACUACCGAUCUAGUCCCCAUUCGCGAGGUCGGCCCCUGGCGAGGCUAUCUCAACCUGGUCGGUACUGGAUCCCGCAGUUUGGGCGGUCCGGUUGGUGGCUAUAUCACAGACAUGGUCGGGUGGCGAUGGGCAUUCAUGGCCCAGGUACCUAUCCUCAUCUUCGCAUCCGGCACAGCAGUACUUUACCUUCCAACCACCAGCAGGAAACCUAACACAGAUAAGUGUGACGAAGCUUCAGAAUUGACUCUGGGACAAAGGCUCCAGAGCAUCGACUUCCUGGGAGCCAGCCUGAUCAUGCUUGCGGUCAUUGGUCUGAUGCUUCCGUUGGCAGCCGGAUCGAAGCUUCCAGGAGGUCUUUGGGUUUCUUGUGGUGUCCCUAGUGUGUCCAUUAUACUACUGGCGGUCUUUGUGCUCGUAGAGCAUCGGUAUGCCACAGAUCCGAUCGUUCAUCCUACAGUCAUGCGGAACAAAGAUGCGAUGAUGAGUUUCGGCGCGCUCGCGUUCCAAGCUGCUGCACAUAUCGGAAUGAUGUACAGUGUGCCUAUACACUUCCAGGUCACCCAAGGGAUAGUGCAACUGCUGCAGGUCUGCAACUCAUUCCAGCUGUUGUAG